ACAUUACAUUUCCUUCUGACUGCUACUGUACUGUACAUCUCUUAAAAGACCUCCACAUAAUAGUUCACCCACAUAAUCAACACCAUCUAACUGACCAACACCAAAAUACCUUUGAUUUGGACACCAAGAACUAUGGCCUGGACUUCUAGAUUAAUCACCGUUGCAGUUCUGAUCGCCCUCAUGGGAUGUUUCAUUGGUGCACAAGGCAACUAUCGUCGACCCACUCGUGUUGGAGUGAGCUGCUGUAAAGAGGUGUCGAGAGCAAGAAUCCCUCUUACAGUUAAACUGGUUGGAUACAAGCAACAGAAUGCUCUGAGUCCAUGUGUGGAUGCCAUAAUAUUCUACACAGAGAAGAAUAAGAUCUGCUCUGAUCCAGAUGCGCGCUGGAUUCCAGCACGUCUGAGAGAUCUGAAGGAGAUAGUGGACGAAGACAACUGAGGCCUAGAGGAUGCUGCAGAUCUAUCCUAAUAUCUAUCAUAUUAUCUAUCUAUAAAAUACGAAAUAUAUAUUAUGUAUGUUUAUUUAAGCAAAAAAAACUACUAUUAGAUGCUCUUUAGCUUAUGUGUGUUAAAAGAUGUUUACCUGCUUUGUUUUAUCUGCUGUAAUAAUAAAAUACUUUUUUUU